AUGUCAAACAUCAUAUUUAGAAACAGUAUCAAAGAUUGGAAGCACGAGAAAUUCAAGACAACAACUUCCGGGACGAUCGUAGAGUCAAAAAAUCAAGUUUUAAAAUAUAUGCAAUUUCAAGUUAUGAUUUUCAAGGAAGUUCGGGAAAAUGGCUUUGAGAUUGAUUCAAGUUUAAAAACCAUGUCUUUUUUAAUAUACACAUCUUUUGGGAUCGUGAUUCUCAAGAAAGUUCAAGAAACCGACUUUAAGAUCGAUUUAAGUUCAAAAAUCAAGGAUUUGAAUUAUAUGUGA